AAACGAGCAGUGAGGAGAUUCUGGCAGCAGCGGGAGCUGAGAAUCAGAUUCACCACGAGGAGUGUUGUCACCGUGAGAGACUGUUGGAAGGAUCGCCACGUUAUUCACUCUGUCGGUCUGUCUCUCUGCCAGUCUGUGUGUGUCUCUGCCAGUCUGUGUGUGUGUCUCUGCCAGUCUCUGUGUGUUGAUCCGUAAAGAACACUGUGGAGUGUGGACCAUGAAGCCGAAUUGAAUUUUACAUCCAAAUCAGCAGAAACAGACAGAAGAGGAACUUGGGACGGGAGGAGCGUGAUAGUUGGUUAUCUCUGACAAAAACGAGCAGCAAUAACAGGACCCAACCAGCCACUCUCACUGAGGAAACGAUUAACCUGUCGUGGUUUAUUGACCCGAACGGACAUCUGAAGAAUAUUCAAAUGGACCUCCCUUAAUAAAGGGAGGUGUUCAGGACCAGAUAGAAACUGGUCAGUACUGAAACAUCUUACAGAGGAACCUUCAGCACCAAAACAGAAUCUGUUAGUGGGGAAACUGGUCAGUACCAAAACAUCUUACAGAGGAACCUUCAGCACCAAAACAUAAUUUCUCACUGAAGAAAGUGUUCAGUACCAAAACAACUCCCUGAGGAAACUGUUACGAACCAAUAUAUCUCUUACUGAAGACAGUUCAGUCCCAGCGAGCUGAGGGAAGUCAGGAUGUUUGGUCCCCGGACGACAUUAAACCCAGAUUGGAUUUGGCUUCGCGUCUCUUUGUGGAGUGGAGGAGAGGAGUGGAGAGAAGAGGUUUCUUUCUAUUUGUACUGAUGGUGUGUGAUCGAAAGAGAGAGGACGACAUCGUGAGAUGGCUGAUAAUGCAUCAACGCCAGCAUUUAUAGAAAUACAGAAAUAUGUCAAAUAAUAACAAUCACCGUAAUCUGUCAAAUAAUAACAAUCACCGUAAUCAAUCAUCAAUGAACAGACAGUCGACUUAAGAUAAACGCGUGGAUUCAGGAGAAUGAAAGUCACUAGUUUGGAUGUCAUAUUCAGGGGAGCACAUGUUGUACAAUGGGAGGACAAGUCUCAGACCCUGGCAAGAACAUAGACACUCUUCCUGUAUUGAUUGAGAUUGAGUGAUUUGCGCAACAUGCAUGCGCAACAGGUUAGGUUUGGGCAUGCUAGCGAUUGGUUAGGGUAAGGUUAGCUUUAGGCAUGCUAGCAAAGUGUUCAAGGUUCAGAAUAAACAAAAGCACGCCAAAACAACACACCUGGAUCCAAACCGCAUUACAAAGCCCUGGAUUCAAAGUCCUGCCCACUACGACCUCUGCCACCCUGUUUCCACUAACAGGCUGGAGCAAUCGGAAUGGAAUGGGAUCUUUGAAUGCCCAGACACUGAUUGAGACGGUCCAUGUCCUGGAUAUUCCAACUCAACUGUAAGCUAACAUAACCAGCAAACACUACUGUGGAGGUGGAUCUAACAAGCAGACUUCAAGUGGACACUAUGAUGUUGUGUGUAACUGGUUGGAGGAGUGUGAGGUGGACGGCUCGGCCUGGUCAGAGGAGCGUGUGUACGUGUGUGACGCAGGUGGUUCUGAUGUGUCUGACCAUCCUGUCUUCCUGUCUGUCCGUCUGGGCUGAAGACCAGAUCAUCUUUGACCACCAUGCUGUCUACUGGAACAGCACGAACCCCAGGUUCCACCAUGACUACAGGGUUGCGGUCAAUAUAAAUGACUACCUCGACAUCUACUGUCCAUUCUACACCAACGGCCCUCCGGCUCACGGUCGAAUGGAACGCUAUAUCCUGUUCAUGGUCAACCACGAGGGGUACACUUCCUGUCAACACAGGAUGAGGGGGUUCAAACGUUGGGAGUGCAACCGUCCUACUGGUCCUGACGGUCCCCUGCGCUUCUCAGAAAAGUUCCAGCUGUUUACGCCUUUCUCCCUGGGCUUCGAGUUCAGGCCAGGACAUGAAUACUACUAUAUCUCGUCUCCUCAUCCCAACCAUGUAGGGAGGCCGUGUCUGAGGCUGAAGGUGUAUGUCAGACCCCCAGGCAGUUCAGGGUUUGACUCUCCAGAGCCCUUUCUGACUGAUGGAGCUGCAGACUGGAGCCCAGAGUCCCUGCUAGCCCCAGCCCUAAUACCCUGCCUGGCCUCACUGCUACUGGGCUUCCUCUCAUCGCUGUGAC